AUCUUAAGCUUGAACUUUGUUGUGAGAAUGGAUAGUUUUGUGGCAGGCGCUCCUAUAAAUUACUCGUCCAUCAAGCGUGAUGGUAAUCGAGUUUUGCAUAAAGCUUUAGCAAUAUAAUAGCAUAUAAAGUGAGGCUUGAAGAUGUUUCUUUACGUGCGAGUGCGAGGUGAACCAGCGGCGCCAAUUUUUCCAUCUCUCUCUCUCAAAUAACUAACAUUUUCUCCGAUCAAGCUCGAGAGAAAUGGCGAUCAAUCCUUGAAUUUCUCGCCUUCCUCGCUACGUUAGCUGUUCGCAUUUCGCUUUUUUGCUGGACUUGGAGCUCCAUUCCAUCCUUUGAUUUGGUUUUCUUCGCGGUCGAUCGGAGCAGGAUGGUUUCCACUCGAUUGGAAACGCGAGGUGAAUCAUGUAUGAUCAUGAGCCUCUUUUAGUCGGAGCGUCUAAAAGUUCUCAGACCAUAGGGUGGAGCAUCUAACCAUUAUCAUUUCUUGCUCAAGAUCAUCUGGAGAACAUCGAACCUGCUACUUUUUUCCAAACCGUUUGUCUGUAUCUACUAAAGUGAUUAUUUCUGUUCAACCUUCAAGAUGUCCUUUAGGAAGCCGAGAGGUAACGCGACCGAGAAGGUUUUGUCCCCUGAAGAACAGCAGGCCAAGAUAGAUGAAGUCAAAAAGCUAAUGGGCCCAAUUGCUGAUAAGCUUCCUGUCUUGUGCUCGAAUCCAUCGAUUCUGAGGUACCUUAAAGCAAGAAACUGGAAUACAAAGAAGGCAUCUAAAAUGUUGAAGGAAACUUUGAAAUGGAGGCUAGAAUACAAGCCAGAGAAGAUAAGUUGGGAAGAUAUUGCCGAUGAAGCCAAGACGGGAAAAAUAUAUAAAGCAAAUUACACUGACAAACAAGGAAGGACUGUUCUUGUAAUGACACCAAGUAAUCAGAAUACAGAUUCAACAAUUGGACAGAUCAGAUAUUUGGUUUACAGUAUGGAGAAUGCGAUCUUGAGUUCUAAUUCAAACGACGGAUACAUGGUAUGGCUUAUUGAUUUUCAUGGGUGGAACACAUCUAGUCUGUCCGUGAAGACUACUCGAGAAACAGCUUACGUCCUGCAAAAUCAUUAUCCUGAAAGGUUGGGCCUUGCCAUUCUCUACAACCCACCAAAGGUGUUCGAGUCCUUUUGGGUGAUGGUUAGACCAUUCCUGGAGUCGAAGACAUACAAGAAAGUGAAGUUUGUGUACUCCAACAACCCAGAGAGCCAGAAGAUAAUGGAAGAGAACUUUGACGAAGAAAAGUUGGAAACUUCAUUUGGCGGGAAAAGCCCAAUUGGGUUCAACUAUGAAGAUUAUGCAAAGAGAAUGAUGGAAGAUGACAAGAAAAUGACUCAUUUUAUUGACACUGGAUGCUCUUCUCCCAUCUAUCGAACUAUUUUAUCCACAUCACAGCUGCCGGACUCGGCGGCCUCCGACGCUGAUUCCGAUGAGGCUUCUGAUCAUGAACAUAGCGACGACGAAAUACCUUCAAAUUUGAAGACUCCAGACGACAAACAAUAAGAAAAUUGAAUCAGUUUCAGCUGCAAUAUGCCUGACUGCACCUCAACCUAUAACAAUAAAAUCAGUGGUCAGUUCUUUCUUUUCCUCGUCUAGUUUUGUUUCCUUUUGUUGUUUAUCAA